AAUUUUAAAAUGAUGACAUUAAAGACUGGUUUCUUAUUUCUCACACUCAUAUCUUUCAUUCACUCGAAACCAAACAGUAUAGUGUAUCCAGUCAAUGCAGAAGAUAAAAAAAAUUGUUGUUCUUCGUCUGAAAGAGCAUACUCAUUACCUCCAAUCUAUUGCUAUGCAGGAAAUGAAAAAAGUGUACUUAACGUUUUUCAAACAAUUACCGUGGAUUUAAUAAUUGAAAAAACAGAUGAUUUCAUAAUAUAUCAAGGAGUAGAUCAGUAUGCAGUUGAAGAACAAAUGCUAUCUGAUGAGGCUAUAUUAUCUUUGAACAAAAUAAUAUCCUAUGUUUGGAAACGAAAGGAUUUCAAAUUGGAUCCAUUUCAGCCAUCUUGUUUUAGUAUCAGAACAAAUGCCGAUUUUAAAAUAAUAACUCACUCAACUGCAUUAGAUAUUAAGAGACUGGCAAUGUUUAUAGUUGGUAUUUUUCUAUUUGGGUAUUCAGCUAGAUUAAGCCAUAAUUCAUUGUUUUAUUACUUGUGUGGUAUUACAGUAGGCGUAACUGCUUCAUUUGUAAUUAUAAUAUUACUCAUCAGUCGAUUAAUCCCUAAAAAAAGAAUGAUGGUGGGAUACUUAGGAGCAAGUUGUAUGUUAAGUCUCUAUGCUAUUCAAAUGUUGAUAGAGAAUCUCAAUAUGAUAUUAAUGUUGUAUUAUAAGUAUAUAUUGGGAUAUAUUGUUUUUUCUAUGUUGGUCAGUUUUGUGGUUUGCUAUAGAUAUGGACCAGUAACAAAUCCAAGAUCCAUCGACCUUAUAAGAUGGACAUUACAAGUAAUUGGUUUGGCUUUAGUUAUAUCAUGUAGUUUUCAUUUAGAAGCAAUGGUUUUUGUGGAUAUUUUAAGUAUUAUACUGUAUUACACAAAGUGUUCACUGCCUAUUGGAUUAUUACCUAAAAAAAAACCAAAACUUCGAUUAUUAUCUGAAGACGAGUAUAUACAACAAUCAUUGAUCGAAACACCUAAAGCACUUGAAGAACUGCGAAAAUACUGUCAAAGUCCAAAUUGUGAUUCAUGGAAGGUUGUGAGCAGGUUACGUGAUCCUAAAAAAUUUGCAGAAUUCAUGGAAACAUCAGCUCAUGUUAGUGCAAAUGCAGUUGAUGAGCACGAAAAAGAAUUGGAAGAUUAUGAAACAGAGUACAAUGAUUCAGUUUCAGACGAUGAUACUUCUUCUGACGAUAUAAAAAAAUUAGAGUAUACGAGUGAUAGUGAAUAAAAUAUGAUAACUUACUUAAUGUAUAUAAUUUUAAUAUUAAUAUAUUUUUUUUUAUAUAUAUAUAAAAAUGUAAAUAACUGUGUUGUUAUUCUUGUGUUAUUAAUUUUUUUUUUUUUAUUGGCCUUAAAAUUAAAAUAGCAAGCAACU